AUGGCUGUGUUUGAUAAAAAAAUUCCAACAAAAGUUUUUUUAGAUGACACACAAGUUUUAAGUGUAACAAUAGAAAAUGCUCAAACUGUCAAUGGACAUACUAGAUAUAGUGAUUUUGUAGCACUGCACAGUAUAGUUCAAAGCUCUGGAAUUAGCAUAAUAUUACCUCCUAAAAAGCUCAUUGGUAAUAUGGAUAAAACAUUUAUAUCUCAACGCCAAAAUGAGUUACAGGCCUAUUUGAAGACAAUAUUAAUGAAUCCUAUACUUGCAUUAAGCCUGCCGAUAAAAAAAUUUUUGGAUCCACAUAAUUAUGCUGAAUCUUUGGAAGAACUCGCUCUUCAACAUGUCUCUAUGGCUUUAAGAAGUGAAAUGAAUUAUGAAUUAGUUAAACCGAUUCAAGAUCUAGGUUGGAGAAUUAGAAAGCAUUAUUUUAUUAUUAAGUCUAAACUUAUACCAAAGGUAGAAUCAUUGUUAAAAUGGGUAGAAUUCGGACCGGAUAAAUAUUUAGAUAAUAAAGAUUUACAAAAUGUAAUUCAGAGUAUGCUCAAUUUAAAUCAUCCCCAUGUGGAAAAGAUUGAAUUUGCCCAUUGUAGUGAAAAAGGAUGUUUGAUAGUUCAAAGAUUUUAUCAGUGUGGUACAUUAAAAGAUUUGAUAUAUGGAUCAAAGCCAAAAUUGAAUUUUUUAAAAAAAUAUGGUGCUCCAAAACACACAAAGCCUUUACAUUUUAAUGAGGUUUCUCUAUUUGGAAAACAAAUUUUGGAAACUUUAUUAUUUUUUCAUGAAAAAGGAAUGCCUUUUGGACAUUUACAUUUAGGAAAUAUUUUAUUAAUAGACAACAGUAUCAAAUUGCUGGAUAUUGAAAAUAUGGUUCUCGGGUUACCUUCAUUGUACAGACAUUUUAUAGCUCAGCACAAAAAAAUAAACACUUUGGAAGCUGUAGAUGUUUAUUCAUUUGGACAUGUGCUAUUCGAAAUGGCAUUCGGUUACCCACUUAAUGAAUCAGUCUGUGAUACUUUACCACCUUCAUGUCCAUCUUUAUUAGGUUCUUUGUUGGAAUCAAUUUUGUCAACUGAAAGCUGUAAAACAGGGUUACCAUCUCUUCAAGAACUACAUCAACAUCCUUUUUUUAAUUUAUCAUCGAAAAAUCAUACAGUAAAAAUUAAUUUUAGACUAAGUAGUACACUUAAACAAUCGUUAAAAAUAGCCGUUAAAAAUACAGAGAAAAGACUUCAAAGUGAUCAAAGAGCGAUUAGAAAUCAGAAAAAAAUUACCAAAAUGAAAGAGUUAUUAUCAUCUGAUGAAAAUUUAAAUACACUCAAGAAAGAAAAAAUGAAAAGGGAUAAAAAUUCUGGUUCGAGAGAACUUAAAGUUGAUGAUAUUCAUAGAAAUGGUAGAUCACCAAGGUCGAAUAGUUUAACAAGUGAUAGCACAGCAGCUUCAGUAGGUGCCAUUACUCCUCCCUUGCCAGCAUCAAAAAUUUCAUCUCCGACUCCUCCUGUAAGCUCCUCAUCUUCAACAAUAAACGAGAGAUCUGCUUUGCUGGAUUCCAUAUGCGCGUUCGAUAAAUCGAUUCUUCGACAUCAUCAAAGCGCUCAAGUCCUCAAUUAA